AUGAUGUGCACCGUCUCUAUCGGUUACGCUCAGCUGAAAUACCGGUUCAAAAAGUUGACGACUGAAUCGCAUGAGGAUAGUGAAAGUAGUUCUACAUUGCGUUCUCCACGUAGAGAAAAACAAGAACGAACAAAAACUAGAAAGGUAAGUGAAAGAAGUCCUUCACAGGAAGGAGGGAGAUUAAAUAAAAAAAAAAGCGGAGAUUUGAAGAACGACGAAUCUAAAGAUUUAUCCGAAGUUGGCUCAUUAAAACUGGAAAAUACUAGGCUUAUGACUAGGAUCGCAGAAUUAGAACAAAUAGUAAAAGAAAAAAAUGUGCUUGAGACUGAGCUAAAACAGAUUAUAGAAGAAAAUGCUGAGAAAGCAAAGUUAAGAGAUGCUGAGCUCAACGCAAGAAUCAUGGAACUAGAACGAUCAGCAAAAGAAAAUGAAGAGCGAUUUGUAAAAUUGGAGCAGAAGCAAAACAAUACUGUAGAUAGAUUAGAAAAUGGCGAUAAUUCGUAUGAAAAUGAUAAUAUACCCGACCUUGUUAUAAAAUCGUUGGAGGAUGAUACUCCUUCAUCUAAUAUAACUGAUGACGCUUUAAGUUCUGAUGUAUAUCAGGAAUCUCAAGAUUUAUCUUCAUCAGAACAGUCUAAUUCGUUAUAUAAUAUUAACACUGUCAUGGAAAUGAAUCCAAAGGAUUCAACUGAGGUAAGUAAGGAAGAAACAAAGUCUCAGGACUGUGACUCAUCAAAUCUGAACAUUCCAGAAAUAAGCUCCGAGCCCAAAUCACCUACUAAUCAGAAAAUUCCUUAUAAUCAAAAAGUAGAACGGGGUUUAAGACUCGAGCUAUUUACUUGCACCAAAGAUAAUAACCAUAAAGUUAAUAAAGUAUUCGAUAUUCAGAUUCCUGAAUUUUCUUUAGAAGCGAUUUUAACAGGAUCUG